GUUGUUAAUUUUGAUCGUCGUAGGUCUCUGGUGCGUCGUUGAGAUAUUUGACUUUGGCGGAAAAAAAUAAUUUUGUAUUAUAGAAAUAUUUAAAAAUGAAUAUAAGUGAUAUUAGGAAUAAAGAUGAAUUUUCCGCAAUUAUUAUAAGUGAACUUAAGACAUUCGGAGUGAAAUAUCAAAAGGAAAAGAAGAAAAAGGAUAUUCAGAAUAAAACCCAACGAAAAAACAUAUUUCGUACGCAUUUGCAUCUUUUGGACUUAACUGAUGUUAUUCUUGCAAAUGGAAGAGUUGUUCAAAUACCAUCAUUUGUCGCAGAGGCAUGUAAUCGAAUACUAGAACAAGUAGAAACGGAAGGCAUAUUUAGAAAAGCUGGAUCUUUCGUACGACAGAAGCAAAUUCGGGUCAGCCUUGAAUCGGGAGUAGACUUGGGUAAAUCUCAUCAUGUAAUAGAUGUUGCAAAUGUUAUCAAAUAUUUUUUUCGCGAACUUCCGGAACCAGUUAUUCCUAAGUCUAUACAAGAAACCCUUCUUCGAAGUUUGCUAGUAGGAGAUAAUUACGUGAAAGCCAUACUGUUAGCAUGUUUGCUGUUACCGCCACUAACAAUAAACACACUAUCAUUCUUCAUGCAAUUUCUAUACACCGUGUCACUUAGCGAACAUCUCAAUAAAAUGUCGGUUGAAAAUUUAGCCAUUAUUUUUACUCCAAGUCUUAUGCCAUUUCCAAACAUUAACAGUCAUCGUUUUAAAAAUCAUGUUAAAAUUGUUCAAAUUCUGAUAGAAAAUGCUAAUGCUAUUGGGACUAUACCAAAAAAUAUUGAAAAUAAGCUACAGGAAUCUACGGUUUCGGAGAAAACUUCAUCAGAUCAAUCAGUUCCUGAUGCAGUAGAAAAUUUAAGAAGUGAAACCGGCUUGAAGUCAACAUCAGCUAAAAAAAAGAAAAAAAGACGCAGUGGUUCGCUAACCCAAAUGUUUAACGGCCUGAGGAGAAUAGUUGGAUCGGCAAUGGGAAGUUCGGAAUAUUUAGACUGUACCCCUAAUGAGAAUUCACAUAUCCCCAAAGUAAAUAAAAAUAUACACAAAGAAAAUGAGGAUUAUAAUACAACACCCUGUUGUAAAGAUAAUAAGAAGCGAAAACUUGGUGAUCCUGUCUCUACAUUCAGUUCAAAAAAGAAAGAAUCGAAAAAAUCUCGAUUAAGUUUGGGUGGUGGGCGUCACAUCAAAACUAUUUCAUUGAACCCAGUAGUUACAUCAAUGGAGCGAAGGUGGAGUAUUGUUGGUUCCGGGUGGUCAAAAACUAAAAAUAGACGUGGUCCAGAAAAAAAAUGUUAUAUGAGCAACAAUUGCUUAUUUGAUGUAGAAACUGCUGAAAAUGAGAAAAAAGGUCAAAAUCGUCACCAACAAUCGAGGGGAACUGAUGAUGAUACUGAAAAUAAGGGAGAUGAAAGUGAUUGUAUAAAAAUGUCUAAAAUUGAAUAUGAAGAAAUUAAAGAAAGGGUUGCAGCCAUCGAAAGCCAUAUUUCAAAUGAAUUCGGUGCCAUCCACACAUCGACAUUAAACAACUCAUCUAUUUCUGUACAAGUGGGAGGAUUAGAUAAUGUUCAGACACAAUAUGAACGAAUGGUAGUUCAAACAGAAGCCUUAUCCUCACCUGCCACCGAGCAGCUAGCUCAACGUCUAAGUCGAGGUUUGAAUAUAAGGCAAACAAUAGACCAACGUGUUAUACGUUCGCCUAGUGCUCGAAAGAUUGGAACAAUACGUCGUAGAUCUCAAGAUAAAGUUCGUGUAUUACGUAAUCCCAGCUGGCACAUGCAUUCUUCAAAAUGUUUACCACCAUGUAAUGAAUCCGAUUCACUAUUACAUGAUAAGAAUCCAACAAGUCUCAUAAAUACUAAAUUGUUUUACGCAAACCAUAAAAUAGCUGGUCAGCACAUUAACUCUUAUAGCGAAUUAUCAUCUUUACCACCGCCCAGAAAACACAACCUUACAAAUUCUUUGGAUAACAUUUUGACCAACGAUAAUACAAAUGAGAAAUGGAUGUCUGGUGAGGAAUUUUUUAGUAAUAUGCAAUUUACUGACCAAAAUGACAAAAUAAAUGAUGAAUGUUUAAAUCAAAUUCAUGUUGAGCAUGUUACUCCUGUGUCUCGUAAAAAUUAUUAUGAUGCAGAAAAAACUCCAAUGUUACCGCCAAAAUCAUUGCCCAGAAAGAUGUGUAAUCUUAAAACGCCAUUGAAAACUACAAUAAAACCAUCAACAACGAGUAAACUACCCUUUGUUAACAGAAUUGCUACAUCAACACCAGCUAUUGAGGAGGUCAGUGGUCGAGCUUCUAUUGCCCGAUUGAGAGCACAAAAUGCUGGUAUGGUUAUGGCUAAAGCCAAAUUAUUUGAUGGACUAGGAAACAGUGGUGGUAAUGAGCCUCGUUCUAUGGUAGAGAUGGAACAAAAAACAAAUACUAUUCGGCACACAAUGGCAUUAGAGAAUUCAAUAUGUUUUAAAAGUACAGUAUCAUUAGAUCAUAGUGAUAUUGGAGGGGAAGUGCAGUCAAAAAAAACAUUAACAAGUACUCCAAUUGCUAAACGUAUUCAGAGUGCGAAUUUAAAUACCCCAACGAGUUCAUUAAAGCGAAGACAACGUUGCAACGCUUCUAAAUAUCCGCAGAAGCAAUUUAUAAGAUCUAUUGUAGCCGAUGAUAAUUUAACAAAACGACGUAAUUUGAAUGAGCGAACCUUUAUUUCGGAAAAUAGAGAAAAUAGAACACCCAAUAAUUCGCGGAAUCGUAAAUCUCCUAGAAGAGUAAAAAAACAUCGCCAACAAAUUAAACAUCGAAGUACACAUUCUGGAGUUUAAUAUCAUAUUCUUAAGUAUUUAUAAAAAUUUAUAAAAAAAACUUAUAAUUGAUUUAUAAAUCCGUUUUUAUAUAAUAUUCAACUUGAGUUUACUGAGAUUUUUAUAAUAAGAAUAUAAUAUAAGAGAUGCAUAAUAAAGAUACACACACACAUAUGUAUGUAUGUAUGAAUAUCCCUGAAAUAUUUAACGC